AAAAAAUUACAAUUACAUUUUUGAAAAUAUUUCGAAAUUAGUUGCAACUUGAUUGGUGCGGUGCAAAUUGCAAAAUCAAUACUCGACAACGGCAACGUCGCAAUCCGCAAGGCGGUCUACUUUUUUUUUGGAGUUGCCUAGUUAUAUAGUAGAGAAGUGCUAAAUUUCGACAAUAUUCCCGAAUUUAUUUAGAAUCGGCCCGAAUUUGAGUUUUACCCCUGAAGUUCGUCGAUCUUAUUGUUGUUAAAUUGUUUUGAGCCGUCCAAACAUGAGCGACAAGAAAGGGCCUGAUUAUCACCAAAAUCAUGUCGGGUUAGUUGCAGCGGCUGGUAACUUAACUAGGCCAGAGGAGGACGGAGAAAGGGCCAAAAGGCAACAAACCAGGAACCAUCAGACAUCGCAAAAACACAAUCGGGGGAGCGGUUCCACCCCCAUCGACCGCCCCGUCAUUUACGCCUCAGCCUCCGCCUCAGGCUAAUCCCCAAGUUCCUACGCCCCAACCCUAUGGAGUUAUGCCUGGAAUGCCGGGAUCACCAUACGUUAUCCCAGGACAGACACAAAUUUAUCCCCAGGGACCUCCGCCUACUUACGAUCAGGCGGCCUUGACUCAUCCCGCUAUUGUAGGUCAACAUAUGUAUCCUCCGGGAACGAUGUACGCCACUGGCUAUCCGACAUAUCUGGGUUACCCCUCGUACACCCCAAUGCAAUACUAUCCAUCGCUAGGCGCUUACUCGUACGCGAUGCAACCCGCGGCACAGCUGAGACCCACCAUCAUGAUACCAAAUCCGCACCUGUUUCAGAACGGGUACGACGCGGGCGCGCGGUUCGACGGGAUCGCGCAGCAGGUGAUCCCGCAGCCGCCCCCCGGCGUGCCGCCCUCCGCCGCCCAAUUGGCCGCCAUGGCCGGACACCAGGUCGCCCUCGGACAGAAGAAAAACACCUUCUUGGCGGGCGGAUCCGAGGGCGGCUACACGUUUUGGUAGUUAACUUAUUCAUAUUUUUAGGCGAAAUGAUAAUGUUCUUAUAGGUCUAUCUAUUAUUAUUAUUAUUAUUAUUA